AUGGAGGAGGACAAAUCAGCCAAUUUGACUAAGCUGUACAGGCUUGCAAAGAUGUCCCGGGAGACAGGAGGUGACUCCCAACAGUCUCAAGGUGCCUCCCAGUCCCAGAAUGCUUCCAGCUCCUCAUCUGGGGCUUCCCACAGCCAGUCCUCCCACUCCAGUUCAGGGACAAUCAGUUCCUUAGACACCGUUCCUACUCAGGACCUUCCCUCUAUUCCUGAGGAUGAGGAGCCAGAAGAACUCGACCCCCAGCCAUGGGGUCGUCUGUGGGCCCUGGAUGAUGGAUUCUCCAAUCUCGAUUGUGUGGAGAAUGACUACUGGUUCGGUAGAGAUCGGAGGUGUGAAUACAGCUUUGACAAGCCGGGCCUUAAAAAAACCGACAAAUACCGAACGUACAGCAAGAAGCACUUUCGGAUUUUUAGGGAAAAAGGCCCCAAGAACUCUUAUAUCGCCUAUAUUGAAGAUCACAGCGGGAACGGCACCUUCGUAAACCGAGAGCUCGUUGGGAAAGAAAAGCGCCUGCCCUUGAGUAACAACUGUGAGAUUGCACUGUCUGUACCCACGAAUAAAGUUUUUGUGUUUUUUGAUCUGACUGUAGAUGAUCAAUCUAUUUAUCCUAGUGAAUUAAGAGAAAAAUACAUCAUGUCAAAAACCCUUGGAAGCGGCGCUUGUGGAGAGGUGAAGUUGGCCUUUGAGCGGAAAACGUGCAAGAAAGUGGCCGUGAAGAUCAUCAGUAAGAGGAAGUUUUCCAUCUGCGCCACCAGAGAGGCCGAUCCAGCUUUCAACGUUGAAACAGAAAUUGAGAUUUUGAAGAAAUUGAAUCAUCCUUGUAUCAUCAAGAUUAAGAAUUUUUUCGAUGCUGAAGAUUACUUUAUCGUUCUGGAACUGAUGGAAGGAGGAGAAUUGUUUGAGAGAGUCGUGGGGAAUAAAAGACUGAACGAAGCCACCUGUAAGCUGUAUUUUUAUCAGAUGCUCCUUGCUGUCAAGUACCUUCAUGAAAAUGGUAUCAUACAUCGGGAUUUAAAGCCAGAGAAUGUGCUUCUGUCCUCUCAGCAAGAAGACUGUCUAAUAAAGAUUACUGAUUUUGGGCAGUCAAAGAUUCUCGGGGAAUCUUCGCUCAUGAGAACCUUAUGCGGCACGCCCACCUACUUGGCUCCAGAGGUCGUCCUUUCCAUGGGAUCUGCCGGGUAUACCCGAGCCGUUGAUUGCUGGAGUUUAGGCGUUAUUCUCUUUGUUUGCCUCAGUGGAUAUCCACCUUUCUCGGAGCAUAAGACUCAGGUCCCUUUGAAGGAUCAGAUCAUCAGUGGGAAAUACAAACUCAUUCCAGAAGUCUGGAAAGCUGUCUCGGAUUCGGCUUUGGACCUCGUUAAGAAGUUGUUGGUAGUGGAUCCAAAGAAACGUUAUACGACAGAAGAAGCCUUGGCCCAUCCGUGGCUUCAGGAUGAAGAUAUGAAAAGUAAAUUCCAUGCCCUGUUGAUGGAAGAAACGAAGUCACCGAAUCUUCCCCCACUCCCAGCCCAGGUCCCCACAAGCAGAAAGCGUCCCCAUGAAGGGGAAGAAGAGGACGAAGCUGGCUCUUCGAGGCAUUGCCUAGCCUCUACCUCCCUGCAGACAACACUAUUACAGGAAAAAAGGGAAAGGAAGUGACUUUCAUAACUUGCCUUUUUGUUAGGCAUUUGAGGAUAAUUUCUAUUUUUUAUAAAAAAGUGAUUCUUUUUUUAAAGGAAAAAUGGUUUAACACAAUCAUUGAUGUACAA